CUCCGCCCUCUGAGCGUCCCGCGUUAACUUUAAAGAUCGUCUAUUUAAAAAAGACGCAUCACCCCAGCGGAGCUAGCCCUGUUAACAAACAACUUAUACAUAAAAGAAAACAUGAGCCCAGAAGCGAACUCAACAUUUUAGCAGGAAAAUCAAAGCUCACAGAAGCAGAAGAAUAUGGCGGGGGUCAUUCGGCGGCUGGACGAAACGGUGGUGAACCGCAUCGCUGCGGGAGAAGUGAUCCAGCGUCCCGCUAACGCGGUGAAGGAAAUGAUUGAAAACUGUUUAGAUGCAAAGUCCACCAACAUUCAGGUGACAGUGAAAGACGGUGGAUUGAAGUUGCUGCAGAUUCAGGACAAUGGGACUGGAAUCAGAAAAGAAGACAUGGAGAUCGUCUGUGAAAGAUUCACCACCAGCAAGCUUCAGACCUUUGAGGACCUUUCAUCCAUUGCAACCUAUGGAUUCCGAGGAGAGGCUCUCGCUAGUAUCAGCCAUGUUGCUCACGUGACCAUCACCACCAAGACAGCUGAUGCCAAGUGUGCCUACAGAGCCAGCUACAGAGACGGAAAACUCAAAGACCCCCCCAAACCGUGUGCUGGGAACCAGGGGACCCAAAUUGUGGUGGAGGACCUUUUCUACAAUGUGUCCACCAGGAGGAAAGCCCUGAAGAGCCCCGGUGACGAGUACUCCCGGAUCGUGGAGGUGGUCAGCAGGUACGCCAUCCACAACUCUGGAAAGAGUUUGACGGUGAAAAAGCAGGGGGAGACUGUGGCCGAUGUGAGGACGCUGCCCAACGCGUCUGUGGUCGACAACAUCCGCAGUGUUUUUGGAAAUGCCGUCAGCAGAGAGCUGAUCGAAGUCGGCUGUGAAGAUGCGAAGCUGGCUUUUAAGAUGAACGGCUACAUCUCAAACGCAAACUACUCUGUGAAGAAAUACGUCCUCGUCCUGUUCAUCAACCAUCGUCUGGUGGAGUCCAGUGCUCUGAAAAAAGCUGUGGAGACGGUUUAUGCUGCGUACCUUCCAAAGAAGACACAUCCUUUCCUGUACCUCAGUUUGGAAAUCUCACCUCAGAACGUAGAUGUGAACGUUCACCCCACAAAGCACGAGGUGCAUUUCCUGCACGAGGACAGCGUCAUUGAGAGCAUUCAGAAGCACAUCGACAGCAAACUUCUGGGCUUCAACUCCUCCCGGACCUUCUUCACUCAGACGUUGCUGCCGGGUCCACUGAAGACCUCCACCUCCUCGGCUGAACCUUCUGAGCGAGUCUACGCUCACCAGAUGGUGAGAACCGACUGUCGCUCACAGAAACUGGACGCCUUCCUUCAGCCGAAGGAGAAGCCCCCGCCGGAGCCUGAGGCUGCCAGUGUCAGGCAGGCGGAGAGCAGCCCCCUCCAGCAGCACAGGGGGGAGAUGGAGGACUUAGAAGAUGCAGAGAUGCUGGAGGAGAUGCUGGAGGAUGUGCAGGAAGCUCCAACUCAGAAAGGCCAGGAGGAGUCCAGCGCUGCAGCUCAGGAAGUUCAGAGGAAACGACAGAGAAAAGAGGAGGAGAAGAAGAAGGAGGAGGAGAAGAAGGAGGAGGACUUGACAGCUGCAUCCACACCCAAGAGGAGGGUGGUGAAGUUGAUCAGUGUGAAGGAGCUGAGGGCGGAGAUUUCUGAGAACACACACAAAGGUCUGCAGGAGAUGCUGCAGAACCACUCGUUCGUGGGCUGCGUCAACCCCCAGUGGACUUUGAUCCAGCACCACACCAAGCUGUACCUGCUGAACACCACCAAGCUCAGCCAGGAGCUCUUCUACCAGAUCCUCAUCUAUGACUUUGGGAACCUGGGCGUUCUCAGGCUGUCUACUCCAGCUCCUCUGUACGACCUGGCCAUGCUGGCCCUGGACUCUGAGGAGAGCGGCUGGACCGAAGAGGAUGGUCCAAAGGAAGGCCUGGCUCAGUACAUCGUGGACUUUCUGAAGAAGAAAGCUGAGAUGCUAGAGGAUUACUUCUCCAUGGAGAUAGACCAGGAGGGAAACCUGACAGGGCUGCCGCUGCUCCUCGACAGAUACACCCCCAUUCUGGAGGGCCUCCCCAUGUUCAUCCUGCGCCUCGCUACGGAGGUGAACUGGGACAGUGAAAGGGACUGCUUCCGAGACUUCAGCAAGGAGUGCAGCAUGUUCUACUCCAUCAGGAAACAGUUCAUUCUGGAGGCGGAGCCAGAGCAGGAGGCUGAGGGGAACUCGUGGCGUUGGAAAGUCGAGCACGUCAUCUGCAAAGCGCUGCGGACACUGUUCAGUCCUCCUAAGAGGUUCAGCGAGGACGGCGCCGUGCUGCAGAUCGCAAACCUGCCGGACCUUUUCAAAGUUUUCGAGCGGUGCUGAAGCUGGUGGACCCAAAUGGGAGAAAAACUUCAUGCUGCUGUGAUUCUGAUGUACAUUUUUUUUUGCUAUAAAUAAAGUUAAACAUUUGUUAAA